CAAUGCAUGACUGAUUAAAGACUAAGUGUGUGUAUAAUGUGUGUGUGAGAGAGAAAGCGAGAGAGUCAAUAAUGCCUGAUGCUGUUUAGGUUAGAGUGAUUCUAUUAUUGUGUGGCCUUGAGGAAUCAUGGACUGCUGAUAGCAGCUAAAGUCACGCUGUCAGGCAUCACUGAUUCAGUCUCUGUUGACUCUCAGCCCUCAGUGACUUUAUUGCUCCUUCUCAGGUAACGAAUCAGUUGAAUUAUCACUUUCACAUCAAUCUCUGCUCACAGUAUCCAAACAAAUUAAGUUUGUGCUUGUAGUAUACCUGUUUAUGCACCUGAAGCAUGCAUUUCAAUCUUAAGCCAUCUGACGUAUUUUAUUUAAAAGUCUAGACUUUCAUUGGUCAUGCCAGUUAUCCUUUAACUAGUUCCCACUGGGCUUUUGUUAUCUAUCCACCAUUUGGUCUCCGAGUGGGAAAUGCCAGAUGAAGUGAGCUAAAUCAUUAAACUAACUCAUUUCCAUGCCAAGGUUAAGCUCACUCAAAGUUUAGCCAAUCCCCUGAGACUUUUUCCAACAUAACUCCACCUUCCUCAUCAUUGCAUUAUAAAGCAUGAAGCAUUGUGCUGAGAGCCUUUCCUUUGCGAAUUCUUAAAACAGAAUGGCAGCUCUAGGGUUAGAGGUCCUAGGGGUCACUUUAGCUGUGUUCGGUUGGAUUGUAGGCAUUGUGUCUUGUGCUUUGCCCAUGUGGAAGGUCACAGCUUUCAUCGGAGUGAACAUUGUAACGGCGCAGACCAUAUGGGAGGGAAUCUGGAUGAACUGUGUCGUACAGAGCACUGGACAGAUGCAGUGCAAGAUCUACGACUCCAUGCUGGCUCUGUGUUUAGACUUGCAGGUGGCCCGGGCUCUGUGUGUGAUUGCCAUUGUGAUGGGAGUACUGGGAUUCCUUCUCUCCAUUGUGGGGGCCAAGUGCACUAAAUGCUUAAAUGAGGAACACGUCAAAGCCAAAGUUAUGAUCACCGCUGGAGUCACCUUCAUCUGUGCUGCAGUCAUGCACUUGAUCCCUGUGUGCUGGUCUGCUCACAGUAUCAUCAGGUCCUUCUACAACCCCAUAAUUAUUGAGGCACAAAAAAGGGAGAUAGGUGCAUCUCUUUACCUGGGAUGGGCAUCUAGUGCCCUUCUGCUGAUUGGCGGGGGGAUUCUCUGCUGCAGUUGCCCCCCGCAGGAGGAGAAUAGGUAUGGCCCACCCAGCAGGAUGGUUUACUCCGCUGCACGUUAUGUACCGCCCAGUGGCUUUGACAAAUGAGACUAUGUGUGAACAAACAUACUCUUUAUAUGUGUUGCAACUCUGUUCACUUGUGUCCUGAACAGAGAAUGUGAUGAAAAGGCACAAGACUGUGCGUAUUUCUGUACAGUGCGUUCUGGUGUUUUGUCAUUCAAGUAUCUUUCCUAAUUUGCUGUGUCCUUUCUUUUGUUACCCAGUUUAUACAAACAGUUUUGAAGAAUUGCAAGUAUUACAUUAUUACUAAUAAUAAGCACAUGAAUAAGUAUGUUCAUAGCCAUGUGUAAAUUGAUAACGAUGUUGUCAUUUUUAGUAUUGUGUUAUUACCAAUAAUUAAAAUUUUUCUUCAGUGGUUUUUAUUUUUUUAUUUUUGUAAAAUGUUCAUUACAUGGAUCUAUAUGAUAUACGAGUUCAUUUUCUUGUAGUCUAAGUGUGCCACUUCUCUGUCUGCUGCAGGGUUUAAAAAUUAACCUUAACCAUUAAAAAAUAUUAAUUAUUUUUUUCUAUGUUCCAUGACUUUUUCUGGUCCUUACCAGUCCUUACUGCACUGAACAAACUUACUGUGCCACUUUGUUGAGUUGUCUAUGAAACACAAUGAAGAAUAGUCAGUUUCCCUUAAUAGCCUCAAUAAUGAGGUGAUGAGUUGAAUCAGCUGUCACUAGGCCUAUUCACCUGUUUUCAAGGUAUUCUUGCUCUCUGCACAAGAAUCUUGUCUAUGUCAGGGCUCUAAUCUAAGCCAGUCCCAGACAAUGGGCCUGUUUCAGGGAUGAAGAUGAGGCACUGGGUCAUGGAAUGUAACAAAAACACAGAAGAAUCUCUUAGCGCUUGAAGCUGCUUAAAGAGCAGGUCAUAUGGGUUUUUGAAAAAUAUCUCUUUUGCAGAUUAUAAUGUAGCUAUCCUUAAAUGAAAACAAUCUGCAAAGUUGUUAAUCAAAAAAGUGCAUAAUAAAUAAAGAUAUUGUCUCUCAAAAGAGAGAGUCGGUUCUGAAUCGCCUUAAUGUGUCGUUAUACGUAUUUUUGAAUCUUUUGCCUGUUUCCGGUAUACGUCACUGGGUAACACAUUUGCAUAAUCCCCACCUGCCCGUGAAAUACGAACAGAGUCUGACCUGCCCACAAACACUUCCGCUAGUUAGUGUGUUUACAUCAUGUUUAAGAAGAUGCUGUG